AUGUCCUCCCUCGCCUCCGAGGGUUACUCCGUCUAUGAACGCGACGAGAACGGAAACCUUAUACCGGACGGAGGCACAGGCUACAGGCUGACCCCCGCUGGCUUGGAAGUAUUCAACCAGAUGUAUCUGGAAAGAGCUAAGAAAAGUAUGCCUGCUCCCACGACCGAACUUCCCGACAAAUACAACUUCAUGUCGCUCCAGGAAGGCAACCCCGAUCCGCCCCUGAUACAGUUCGGCGUUGCAGUCAAUUUCGACAAGUUGUUGUCCUACGCCAAGCAGAAGAAUCUCCUCGAGUCCGCCGCGCGUAGGUGUGGUGUAUCCGUUAAUUCGCUUUCGGACAUGCCCAUUGUCUGCGAAGUUAUCCGGGCCCUCGAAGUAGCGUGCAACGCCCGCCUUCACUGGUCUAUUCCGUGGGUUCCCGACUACGACGCAAUGGUCGCGCUUUAUUCGAACUACUCGAUGUUUUGGGAUCAGCUCGAGGAGGAGCACGAGAAGGAGGUGAUCAAGAUCCUGCAGGAGGAACUGGGCGUCACCGAGGAGCCAAUGUGGUAUUGGGAUAUUUCCAACCACAUGAAUAAUCCUGGAGUCUCAUUCCCUUUCCUGGAUGCGGCGGAAGGGCCACAAAGGAACGGAUGCCGAGUGCGCUCUAAUUGA